UUUCCGUCCAUUUCAGUUCACCGUCACUACCGCCGUUCUUUUUAACCGGGACAACAUGGCUACUGCAGCGAGCCGUUACCUCAGCGAAGACGGCAGGGCAUCGAAACGACUCAAAACCGACGGAAUGGCCACGGGAUACGAAGACCCGCACAAGACCCUGCCCUCGGUGGUGGUUCAUGUCCGGGGUCUGAUGGACGGAGUCACGGAGGCUGACCUUGUGGAGGCCCUGCAAGAAUUUGGAGCCAUCAGUUAUGUGGUUGUGAUGCCGAACAAACGCCAGGCGCUGGUGGAGUACGAGGACAUGAACGGAUCAUCCACAGCUGUGACUUACGCUGCAGACAACCAGGUGUACAUCGCUGGCCACCCGGCCUUCAUCAACUAUUCUACCAGUAAGAAGAUUUCCAGGCCUGGAGACUCGGACGACUCCAGAAGCGUCAAUAACGUUCUUCUCUUCACCAUCAUGAACCCCAUCUACCCCAUCACCACGGAUGUCCUCUACACCAUCUGCAACAACUGUGGUCCUGUCCAGAGAAUCGUCAUCUUCAGGAAGAAUGGCGUCCAGGCCAUGGUUGAAUUCGACUCGGUGCAAAGUGCACAGCGAGCCAAGGCGUCACUCAACGGAGCAGAUAUCUACUCAGGCUGCUGCACCCUGAAGAUCGAGUACGCAAAGCCCACUCGUCUGAAUGUGUUCAAGAAUGACCAGGACACGUGGGACUACACUAACCCCAACCUUGGAGGGCCAGAUGGUGAUGCAGAUGGCAAUGGCAGCAAUGCAGAAGACGUCAACGCCAACCCGAACAAGCGCCAGCGACAGCCUGCUCUGCUGGGAGACCACCCUCCAGAGUACGGAGGUGGUUACCAUGGCUACGAUGAGAGUUACGGGUCCUCGCCGUACGAGAGUCGCAGAAUGGGUCCUCCGAUGAGAGGGCGCGGCGGAAGAAGCUAUGGUCCCGGCUACGGACCCCCUCCUCCACCCCCCGGGGAGUACGGCGCUCACGCCGACUCUCCUGUCGUCAUGGUUUAUGGUCUGGAUGCUGCCAAGAUGAACGCUGACCGCGUCUUCAACAUCUUUUGUCUGUACGGGAACGUUGAGCGGAUCAAGUUCAUGAAGAGUAAACCUGGCGCUGCCAUGGUGGAGAUGGGAGACUGUUACGCAGUGGACCGGGCCAUCACACAUUUGAACAACAACUUCUUGUUUGAGCAGAAACUAAAUGUUUGCGUGUCCAAGCAGCAGGCCAUCGUGCCGGGUCAGUUCUACGACCUGAAAGACGGCACGUCCAGUUUCAAAGACUUCCACGGCUCCAGGAACAACCGCUUCACGUCCCCAGAACAGGCGGCUAAAAACCGCAUCCAGCACCCGAGCAACGUGCUGCAUUUCUUCAACGCUCAGCCGGACUCGUCCACAGAGACGUUCACUCAGAUCUGUGAAGAGAUCGGCGUGAAGAACCCCGUUAACGUCAAACUGUUCACAGGGAAAAACGGGGCUGAUCGCAGCGACCGCAGCGCCUCCGGUCUGUUGGAGUGGGAGUCCAUCAACGACGCCAUGGAAGCUCUGGCCCUGAUCAACCACUACCAGAUGAAGAAUCCAGGCGGGCCGUACCCGUACACGCUAAAGCUCUGCUUCUCCACCGUGCAGCACGCCAACUAAGAGCAUUUCAUUGUGGAGGACAUAAGCGAUCAUCUCCACAGGCACCGAGCAUGACACACCUGAGGACACCUGUCAUGAGCCAACCUUCUCAUGUUUAGUAUUGAACACCGUGAGCAUUUAAAUUUCAUAUUUGUGACCCAGACGUAGCUUAGACGGUCCUGACGUUGUCCUUUUGGUUCUUCAGUAACCUGACAGAUGUUCUGAGCUGCUCAUCGAUGGCAGUGGACAACGUGCUUUUGUAACUUUUAUCUUGUUUUCCCCUUUUUGUGUUAUUUUAAUUGAUUGUUCAGUUUUGUGUCUUCAUGACUGAUAUGAUGGAGAAUUGUUUUGUUGUAAGAAAAUAAACAAA